AUGCCACCGGCCGAUUCGCAAGCGCUCAACAAUAACUUUUCAUCCGUCAAUCUCGACUUCGCGCCGGCUGGCGGUGACACUCACGGUCACCCGCCGCACUCCGACCCUACCGCCUUCCAAACCCAACCUCUCGACAAGCUGGAUACCUCCAAUGACGCGUUGGGCAGCAUCGCUGCUGCCCACGAUUUGGUCGAUAGCCAUUUCGCCGAUUUCCAGUUCCACUAUGACGACGACUUAGAUGACUCGCCGAUGGCCGGUCUUGGCUCCACCACCUUCGACGACCAUGCCGCCGAUGUGUUCUCGACAACUCCCCACGCACCAUCCAUGAACUCGAUCACGGUACAGACCUCGACCUAUAAUAACAAUGGCGCAAACAUCGGGAACGGCGGACAACGGCAGCAGAGCAUGGAUAUGUCCGAAAGUAACACCCCGGACAGCAAUCAGAAUGCCGGGAACUCGCUCGAGGAAACAGUGGACGAGUUCGGUCUUGCUACUGCUGGCUCUGUCGAUGGUUCGGCACCAAAGGGCAAGGGGGACAAAACGGAUAAUACCCCCGCAUGGAGCGAGCUAAAGACGAAAGCCGGAAAGGAACGAAAACGUCUUCCCUUGGCUUGUAUAGCAUGUCGACGCAAGAAAAUCCGGUGUUCCGGCGAGAAACCCGCGUGCAAGCACUGUCUCCGAUCGCGAAUCCCGUGCGUUUACAAGGUCACAGCUCGCAAGGCUGCACCACGAACCGACUACAUGGCUAUGCUGGACAAGCGACUAAAGCGAAUGGAGGAGCGGAUCAUCAAAAUCGUACCAAAAUCCGAGCAGGAGGGUGCCUCUAACGUUACCAGAGCCGUGGUCAAGCCUGCCAUACCGGGAACAUUGAACAAUGUGAAGCAAGCCAACAAGAAGCGCGGCGCUGACGAAGCAUUCGGGUCGGAUUUGGAAAAUUGGGCUCGAGGGCCUUCAAAGUCCAAGAUUGACGCGCCAAACAGGACCGCUACGAUCCAUAUCCAGGAGACUGAGGAGAGCAAGCUAUUGCUGGAAGGCGGGGAUGCGUUGCCAUCCAAGGAAAUACAAGAACAUCUUGCCGAGGUCUACUUUGAAAACAUCUAUGGCCAGGCCUACCACCUUCUUCACAAACCGAGCUUCAUGAGGAAGCUGAAGGCUGGCGCUUUACCACCCGUCCUAAUCCUCUCUGUCUGCGCCAUCGCCGCACGCUUCUCGAACCAUCCAAAACUCAACUCGAGCCCGAAUUUCCUCCGCGGCGAAGAGUGGGCGGCGGCAGCCCGCGAUAUAGUGACAAAGAGAUAUGAAUGGCCCAACAUCACCAUUCUUACAUGUCUGCUCAUUCUAGGUCUCCACGAGUUUGGCACCUGCCAUGGUGGCCGUAGCUGGUCAUUGGGCGGUCAGGCCAUCCGCAUGGCCUUUGCACUACAGCUUCACAAAGACCUGGAGCACGAUCCCGUACGACAAGCAGGGAAGACACAGCUCAGCUUUAUUGAUCGCGAGAUCCGGAGGAGGACUAUGUGGGCAUGUUUCCUGAUGGAUCGCUUCAACUCCUCAGGCACAGACCGGCCCACGUUUAUAAGGGAGGAGACGUUGAAGGUCCCUCUGCCUAUCAAGGAAAAGAACUUCCAGUACGACAUGCCAGGUCCAACAGAAACCCUGAGUGGCGAGGUGCUAGAACCGCUUCUAGAAGACCAAGACGCUUCCAUGGCCAGAGACAACCUGGGUGUUGCGGCCUGGAUGAUCAAGGCAAUCGCUCUCUGGGGUAGAAUUAUCAACUAUCUCAACCAAGGAGGCAGAGAGCUGGAUCCUCAUCCUAUGUGGAGUCCUGAAUCCGGUUACGCCAAACUCAUCAAACAGACCGAUGAUAUCCUGACCGAUUUGCCUGACUCUUUAUUAUACACACCUGACAACCUGCACCUGCACGAAACCGACAACAUGGCCAACCAGUUCUUGUUCCUCCACAUCGCGAUCCAGCAGAAUAUUUUGUUCAUGAACAGGUUUGCUGUUUCAUCCCCUCGGGGGCAACCGGAACAGGAAAUCCCAAAGGCUUUCGUCACGAAAGCAGGGGCCAAAGCAUUCGCUGCUGCGAACCGGGUAUCAGAGCUGUUGAAGGAUGCUGAAUCACACUUUGUGACUGCUCCCUUCACGGGAUACUGUGCCUUCCUAUCCAGUACCGUCCACAUCUUUGGGAUUUUCUCAGGCAACCCGACACUAGAGGCAACAUCGAAGCGCAACUUGGCUACCAAUGUCAAGUUCCUAUCCAAGAUGAAGAAGUACUGGGGCAUGUUCCACUGGAUGUCAGAGAACCUACGAGAGCAGUAUCGGACCUGUGCCGAUGCUGCGAGGCAGGGAACACCGGCAAACGAGAACCCGACAUCCAUCUUCCAAUACGGCGACUGGUUCGAUCGUUAUCCCCAUGGUGUCUCGCAGUCCGACUUCCUCGACCCCGCCACUUACAAGAAGAAGGAGAAAGGCGACGAUGCAGUUCUGGAACAGAAGCCCGAGCUGCACACAGUCGAGGAGUUCUUCACCACGCUCUCCCCACAAGCCGGCGGUGGUGACGGGGGCAGUGUGAACGGGUCGACAGCAUCACGACAGCAGCAACAGGCCCAGCAACAACAGCUCAAGCGCAAAGCCAUGGCACGCAAGAUCAGCGGCCUACCACAGCAGAACCACCCCAACGGUCUCGACCCCAUCCAAACCGACUUCUCCCCGCAUCAACAACAACAACAACAACACCCUCCACCAACUGCCGAACAAAUCCACGCCGCCCGCCUCCAACACCAGCGCACCUUCGCCGGCGCCGGCCCCUCGCCCAUCCAAACCAGUGGUCCCGGAGCCGGCGGUCCACCCGGUUCCUUCAAUUCCCUCUCCGUCCAAGCCCAACAGCAAGCGCACUUCUCUCCCGUCUCCCCCGUCGGCGUCUCUCACGCCCACCUCACCCAUCACCAUCCAGGAUCUUUUUUCCCUCCCGACCCCUUUUCUCUUCCCGCCCACCUCGACGCCGCUCACGCCCAUGGCAUGUCCCAUCUGGACCGACAACUUGUCUUCGGCGCCUACGGUGGUCCCACAGCCGCUGGCUUACACCGCGAGCCAGGGAUGGUCGGCGGUGGCGGAGGUGGUGGUGGAGGAUGGGGAGGACACGAUGGUGAAGGCGGCAGGGAUGGACCAGAGGGGUUGCAUGCAGCAUUCUCGAACGAACCGAGCUCGGCGUGGUUCAUGCCGUUCAAUAUGGAGCCGCCAGAGAUCGGGGCGGAUCCGCUAGGCGGACUGGGAGGGACGUUGGGCGGUGGCGGGCUGGAUAGUUUUUCGGGGAUGUUUGGGAUGGGUGGUGGAGGUGGAAGCGGGCAAGGAGGUGGGGGGAUGGGUGGAAUGCAUCAUGGACACUAA